CGCGCGUAGUGAAUCACUCGGCCACUCAUUAUGAUGCGUACAGAUCAGCAGUGCCACUGUCUGACAAUUUAGUGGAAAUCACGCUAUGACGAAUUUCACUGUGCUGUUUCUGCUGAUGUGUUGUGUUCUAUGUGUGCACUUUCUGUCUGUCGGAGUAGAGGCAAGAUUACCGGACGUUCCGUUGUUGGAAACACGAGACUCACGCAAGCAUAAACAGUUGGGUGUCCCUGUCCAUGAUAGGGGACAGCUUCAGAGGGAAAUAUCUUCCUCAGUUUUGAGAAACAAGUUCAACCGCCUUCCGGGAGUAUGUCAACGUCUACGCAGAAGGAGAAUCACAAUUCUGUGCAAUUCCAACGUGGGCAAGUACUGUUCGGUCAAAGAUGGAGCUCAACAUGGCCAUAUUUGCCGCUGUCCAAGAGCAUCAAAGUGUAAAUACUUCUUUCUGAGGAGUCUGUAGAGUUCAAUCUAGAUUGUCUUUGUCUGUUGUGCUGUUUGUCUCCCAUCAAACUGUUUUGACAACUAAAUAAAUGCACAUUUUCAA